AUGAACAAUUAAAUUAUGUUUGAAGAACAGACAAAAGAAAUUGUAGAAGGAUUAUUUACUACUGUUUACUCAAGGAAGGAAUAUCCUCUCCAGUCUAGAAAAAUGAUUGUAAUUGAAGACCUAGAACUGACAAGAUACAGGACCUGGACAAGUGUGCCUGCUGACCCAGAACUGAUAGGACACAGGGCCCAGGCAAGUGGGCCGGCAGUUGAUUCUACAAGCAGUUUUGAUCCAAUUGAUAUUGCCAUAUUACUGAGAUCCAUAAGAGAUCAGUACAAAGCAGAGUUGGAUGGCCAUGUGCAGGCAGUUAUUGCAGAGGAAAGCAUAACAAAGAUAAAGAAAUUUGGAGAAGUAACAGAAUCUCUCAGCAGGAAUUGGAUCAGUCAAACUCCUGGGCUAGAGUCUGAAAGAGUUUUUCUAGCUGCUGCUGUGAAGUUGUUUGAGAAACUUAUAAAGAAAACUCAUAGAGAUAAGGGCCAGAUAAACAUACUCACAGAAACAAUCAAUGGAAAUCCUGAACUGAGAGGCUAUAUUGAAAGACAGGGUGGUUGGGGUAAUCUUGGAAGAAGUCUAAACAGCCCAUAGUUUCUUGCUUCCAAUGUAAAAGACUCAUCUGCUAUUUUGGAGGAAAUAGAGCUGGAGAGUUGCUUCAAAUCUGAAAUGGAACUGCAAAUGAAUUGAAAAGGCAAUUCUGUGAAGAAACAAAAUAAAUUUAAUUAAU